GCGCCUCUACGCAUGCGGGAGGAGGGGCCAGCGUGUACCUUCCUUGAACUACGGUGGCCGGAAGGGGCCGGCGUUCGUUCGAAUGGCGGUGUGAAGGCAGAGUGGCUGGAACGAGAACCCUGGCAGCCCUCACCACAAUCCUCUCAGGAUAGACCCCUGGCCGAUGCGUCAGGAUCGGCACCUGGCUUACGAGUCAAGCAACCCCUGUUCUCUCGUUUGGCGAGCGGACCUCAUCGUGGCACCCGAACAGGGACCUGAGCAUGGAUUCAUGGCAGACUUAGGGUGAGGAGACGCCCUUGGUGUCAAGGUGGCCGCCGAUACACUGUGGAGGCUGGACAGCUCUCUCUCUCGCUUAUCCACCUCAGCUGGCUUCAGAGCUUCUCAGCAUUCCGAACACCCUUCCCCGACACUUUGCUUUGUUAGUAUCUCUUAAAAACAAGGUGUCUACAGGGCCCACCCUCCUCCAGACCCGCAUGGUUAUACAGCCUGAGAUGUCCCACCCUUGUGGCAGCCACUUCAGAGAAAUGUGUUUCACUGAAGACACAUCUUAGAUAUUCCUUGCGUUUCUAAGAUUAACAUUUUCCAUUUGGAGCUGUCACCCUUCUUAGAAGAUAGACCUUGGCAAUCAAAAUGAAAGAUGUCUUUGAAGUUUUAGAACAGCUAUACAAGAAGGUUCUUCUUGGAGCCACACUUGAAAAUGACAACCAGGAUUACGUCAUUUAUUUGAACCCAGCAUUUUCCGAUCAAGAUGGCAGUCCAGCCACCUUCUCAGAAUGCUCACACUCCUUUGGCGCCCAGGGCGAGUGUCAGCCGUCGUCUGUCAAUUUGGCUACUGUUUCUGUAGCUCCUGUAUGUCUGAAGAGUCGCUCUCAGAUGAGCAGUGCCCGAGAAAUAAAGCUUCUCCAGUUAACGGUGAUCAAAGUGAUGGUAACCAGAAUAUUGGCUGCCGAAACUGAGCUCCAUGCAAAGGAGAAAUACGGAGAGAUCAUCAAAAUUCUUUUAAAAUCAUCUGACAUCGAUUCUAAAUUAAUCUGUAUGUUCCAAAAACCGGAUAAACUGUUGGCUCACAUGGCUGCAAAUUGCCUCGCACUACUCCUGUAUUUCCAAUUAAAAGAAAAGAUAACGUUAAGUAGUUCCUGGAUUGCUUUUUGCCAAAAAAAUCUUUCCGAAUACUCUGAAAAUGAUGAAGUAGUAUACUGCCUCUGGACCUUUACUGUUGUAAUCAAAGAAAUCUUUAAAGAUGCAUGUUCACAAAAAACAGAAAUUCUAAAGCAGUUCCUGACUCCUUUUGACACUGUAUUUGAAGGCUUCUACAAUUCCUUAUUUUCUCAGCAUCUCGAAAACCACCAAGAUCCUUCUAAAACAGUAAACAGCUUGAUCGGUGUCCUGGAAUUGCUUGAACUCCUUACAGCCUCCAGAAUCCACCUGGAGCUACAUUGCACCUAUCAGAGGAUUUUUUUCUUGAAACCUGCCCAUGUGCUAGGUGUUAUCACCUGGCCUAUUCAGGCUUUCGUGAAGAGGAAGUUCAUCAUAUUCAUCAAAAAGUGCCUUCUCUGGAAAGUGGGUGAAGACCUUUGUCGGGGAUCCGUCCCUCCCUUCAUGCCGCCAGAUCCGCAUUUGGGGGUGGACAUGUUGGCUUUAGCUGAUGCUGUUUUGCAAGCUGUGGACUGGGGCUUGUUGAGGAUAUUGCCUGUCCGUGGAAAACCUUCCUGCUUUGGAGGCAGUGAACUUCAACCUGGAUGUGAGGGGGUCCCUGGUCCCGAUCAUGUGAUCCUUAGAGCAGCGAGCUUACUUAUCAUUAAAUCCUUAGAAAUCAAGUUUCAAAAUUGUGCUUCGGCAGAUGAAAUGCAAGUUGAUUUACAGAGGUUCAUGUCUGAGUUACUGACCUUCUUAGAGCCCCAUCUCCAGCCCUCUCUGCGGUCACACCAUCCGUGCGAGUGGUUAUCUAGAGUCUUCAUCGAACAAGACGACGACAUGCUAGAGGCUGCCAAAGCAUCAAUGGGCAUCUACCUGAAAUUGACCAGAAAAGGUGAAGGUACUGAAAGCUGGACCCAAGAAAAAGAACUAUGGAACCAUCACACACAUGAAAAUGGCUAUAAUCCACACUGUAUUUUCUUAUUCUUUUUAAAAAGUGUAGGAUUUGAUUCGACAGUCCUUCUUGACUUUUUGAUUUCAUCAGAAACUUGUUUUCUUGAAUAUUUUGUUAGAUACUUAAAAUUAUUACAAAAAGACUGGGAUGAGUUUUUCACCAUUUGCAGGUACUUGGAUGUAACUGAAUCUAAAGAUAGCAUAAAUGUUUGCGGUUGGAUCUCCUCAUUUGUCCGAGACAGACGCAGCCACCAAACGGGAGUUCAUCCUUUGGCUGCUCACGGCAGUCACAGGAAGGCCCAUGCUGGGGUCCCCUGGGCUUCUGAUGCUUUUUCCAAACCACCAAACCAGGUCGUGAUGUCCGAGGAGACCCAAGUCACACUCCCAGCUAAUCAACUGUCUCCCCCGCAAGCUUCUCAAAGUCUGGUGGACUAUGACAGCUCUGAUGAUUCUGAAGUAGACUCCACAGACCUGUGUGUAGCAAAUGGUGAACCGACAUCUUUAUUCAAAGAAGCCAUGAAGAUGCAGGACACAGUUGGAACAAGGGGGGAUAAAACAGAACGUAGCCUGGAGCUUCAGUCAAGGCCUCUGGUUCCGAAAGAAUCGAACACUCCCCUCUCUGUUGAUUGCGAUGUAGCCCCAGAUAGCAUUGUCUCUGAAGUGGAAAUUUCUUACAGAACAGUAAAAUGCUUUGACGAGCUACAAGGUGCUGUGUACCGUUUGCAGAAGAAAAAUCUUUUCCCAUAUAAUCCCACAGCACUUUUGAAGUUGUUAAAACAGAUUGAGGCAAUAUAUAAUAAAAGUAUGAACCCUUUGUAAAA